AUAAUCUCAUCAACUUACUCUUUGUAUAUAUAAAUACAUACAUCAUUGUCCUUUUUUUGCCUAUACCAAUAAUUCUGAAUUAUGUACGCUCAGGGUUCGUAGUGGGGACCUUAGAGAAGGAGAAAAAAAAAAUUAAGUACGCUUAAUAUGGAUGGUUGCAACAUGUAAUAGUUAAAGGAGUAAUAGUAAGAUUGUUAAGGUAAGGUAAGAUUUGUUCAAUGAAGUCCUUGCUUAGAUCAAUUGUAGCAUCACCUAAAAAUAGUCAUUAUGAUCUGACGCUUGGUAUUCAAUUGGACUUAUCAUAUAUUACCCCUCAAUUAAUUGUAUGUUCUGGACCCACUGAUAAUUAUUGGAAAUCAUUUUAUAGAUAUCCAGUAGGAGAUUUAGUACAAUUUCUCCAAUUUAAUCAUGGAGAUAAAUGGAAAAUAUGGAAUUUUAGGAGUGAAGAUAAUGGUGGAUAUGAUGAUUCUUAUGUAUAUGGGAAAGUUUAUCAUUAUGGAUUUCCUGAUCAUCAAGCUCCUCCAUUAGAUAUUUUAAUUAAGAGUUGUGAAUCUAUUAAUUCAUUUCUAACUCUUCUGAAGAAUAAUGUAGCUGUAUUACAUUGUAAAGCUGGCAAAGGUAGAUCAGGCACCAUAUGUUGUGCUUAUAAGAUGUAUACAAAUCAUUUUAUAAAGAAUUCAUCUAAUUCCAUCCACCAUGAAGAUAAAGAUGAAGAUAAAGUAGAACUGGUUAUUAAUUUAUAUACUAAAUUGCGAAUGAAAGAAUUUGCAGGUGAUGGAAUAUCUAUUAAAUCUCAAAGAAGAUAUCUCUAUUAUUGGGAUAAAUAUUUACAGUCUCUUGAUAAUAUUAAUACCGAAUUUCUAUUUACUAAACCAAAAGGAAAUUAUAGUUUUAAAAUUAAAGUAAAUGGCUUAUCGCCUGAAUUAAAUAAUGUCUUUGAUUUAAAUUUAAAUAUUGAAGCUUAUAAUUCUAAUUAUGAGAUUGCAAGAUUAUCACAUAUUGAUAAUAAUACUGCCAUUCUAAAUGAAGAUGGUUAUUCUUUAGAACUUAAACAGAAGCUUGUGUUACCUCUGUUUGAUAUUAGAAUUAAUUUCCGAUCAUGGUGCUAUGGCUGGUUUAAUAUACUAUUUGAAGAAGGAAAUAAUAAAAUUCUAACUUGGGAAGAUUUCGAUGGAUUUAAAGGUACUAUGCAAAAGGGUAGUAAAUUAUUCGAAUCAUUAGAGAUUCAUUGGGAUAAUCCCCAUUCUCUACAAUAAUUUUAGCCAAUAGAUUUAUAACUAUUAA